GCGACCUGCGACGGGUGCAGUGUCCGCGCUGCGCUGUGUGUUCAAGGCCUAGUUCGCGUUGAUGCGUGCGGCUGCACGAAGCUCAAUUUGCUCGCUGCAGCUGCCGCGUUUCUUCACUGCAUCGUUUAGACGGCGACUUUCAGCGGUCAUCGGGUAAGGUGGCCACGGCGCACUCCAUAAAGAACAGACCUUCGGCGAAAUGUGCGUGGCACGGUGUUACGUGUUGCUGCUGUUGGCUGCGGCGGCAAGCUGCGGCCGUGCGUACGAUGUGGAGAGAGCGACUCGCCUAGGGAGAGUCGGAGGAAACCGGCUGGAGCUGUUGGGGCGAAAAGUCGAAGAGUACCGCGGUAUCCCAUUCGCGCAGCCACCCGUGGGCCGACUUCGAUUCCUCCCACCCCAACCGGCGAAGCCUUGGGACGGAAUCCUGGAUGCAACGAGCAGGAGGACCGCCUGCCCGCAGGUUGUGCUGAGCAACUUCAUGGCCGGUGAGGUUGAAUAUACAGAAGACUGCCUGCACCUGAACGUCUGGAGCCAAGUUGCACGUUACGAAGACGUUGCGCCAGUAGUUGUGUGGAUUCACGGAGGCGGCUUUACGCAGGGCUGCGCGAGCUACGACAACUACACCGGGGCAACCCUUGCUGCCAAGACUGGCCUCGUUGUGGUCUCGGUUAAUUACCGCCUUGGACUUCUGGGUUUCCUGGACGCCAACAGCCCAGAAGCGCCUGGAAACAUGGGUCUUUUAGAUCAGAACUUGGCUCUCAAGUGGAUCCAAGAGAACAUCCGCGAGUUCGGUGGAGACCCGUCUAGAGUGACUAUACUUGGAGAAAGUGCUGGAGGAAUGAGUGCCCACGCGCACGUGCUGUCUCCCAUGAGCCGCGGUCUUUUCCAAAGGGUGUACAUGAUGAGCGGAACUAUGCACGCUGUAGAUUUCUUUGAUGGCGCACACGAGAGCAUCAUCAAAGGUGAUACUGUUGCCGCAGUUGUAGGCUGUUCGGGUGGAGAUCGUAGCUUGGCUUCCCACCCUGAGGCUGUGAUCGACUGCUUGAGAACCAAGAGCGACGACGAAAUCCUACUGGCGGCAAGCGAAGCACUGGCGCCCAAGAUAUUUACGUUCUUGCCAACCUACCACAAUGAAUUCCUGCCGAAGGUGCCUACCGUGGCAAUCAGCAAGGGAUUCUUCAAUGCCGCCGACAUCGUCCUUGGAGUCACCGAGGACGAAGGAGUGCUAGCGCUCAUGUAUCCUCUUAGAAGCGAGCUCCUGCCGGACGAGGUGGAAGGUUUGGAAGAUAAAAUGUUUAAGCACUCGCUGCACGAGGGCAUAUUUUCGUGGCUAAAGAUGGACUUUCCGGAAAUGCUGGAAAAGUACACAGCUGAUGCCCAGGACAAAGCGUCUUUGAGGCGCGGCUAUGUUGACUACAUUUCUGACUCUGCACUCGUCUGCCCGAUGCACUUCACGGCAGAGAAACAUGUGGAGCGUGGUCAGAACGUAUACGCGUACGUCUUUGGCCACAAGUCAUCAAAGAACCCUCUUCCUUCUUGGAUGGGGACGCCGCACGCUUUCGACAUGAACUACAUCUUCGGUGUUCCUCUUAUUGACCAGGACCGCUUCGAUGCUGAAGAUGCUGAUGUGUCUGAAGUUGUGCUUACGGCGCUGAAGACCUUCGCUGAGACAGGGGUACCGGAGCUACCUAUGCAAACUCCAUGGCCGAAGUAUGCCAUCGACAGUCCUGUUUCUGUGUACAUCGACUACAGAAACAUCACCACUAUCAAGGGCUUUCGCAAAGAACAGUGUGAAUCCUGGAGAUCUUGCCUCUAAGGUUGCCAAGACGUUGAAGAACAUCACCGAUUGGUUACUGUUUUACAUCACUGCUGGCACUUUACCUCAUUGUGUUUAAAGACGCCCGGUAAAUCUCUGGAAUGAAAUUAUUUGAACGAGAAA